AUGAAAAAUGAAAUACUUUAUAUAACGACAUUCAUUUUGUUCCUCGUCAGCUACUGCUUCCAGCCGCUGCUCAUCGACAUUAUAAAGUACAAUGGGUGCGGCAACUCCAGCACGUUCAUAUUCCUCCUGCCGCAUUAUUUGUCUAUGAUAAUCGUGGGGUUCCUACCGAAGAAGCAGAAGUUGAGUCAGUGCAAAUGGAUAAAGAUAUUUUUUGUUUCCGUCCUGGAUUUAGUAAAUCAAGUGUUGAAAAAAAUAGGAUUAAUAUAUGCAGGCUCCGCUCUGUACAUCAUUAUUGACAGCUGCACGCUGAUCUUCACAGCGAUAUGGAGAAGACUACUGCUGAACAAGAGAAUCAACUCUUUUCAGUUGCUUGGCAUUCUGUUAAUAACAUUUGGUAUAGCCAUAAAAUCGAAUAAUCUCAAAUUCGAAAUUAACAAAGAAGAAAUUAUCGGAGUCAUUUUAAUCAUCAUAAGCAACAUUCUUAUGGGGCUAACAUUUGUACUGAACGAGAAGUACAUGGGUGAAAUGGAAGGACAGAACAUUGUGUGUUUAAUGGGUAUAUUCAGCUUUUGCUUUGUCAGCCUGUGGACAGUCAUAUGGACUAUCCCCAACUUUGAUCAUCUCAUUUUGGAGAAUAUAAAGAAGAAGAAGGGAAACAUUAAUACCAUUUGGCUAAGUUUUUUGGGACUAUUCAUUUUCAACUUCGUCACGUCGUCCACCCUCUGGUACAUCAUGAAGAUUAGCGGCUCACUCACCGUUGGAAUUCUCAAAGGACUCAAAGUCGCCAUCAUUUUCCUUUUCAGUCAUAUUUUUUUUUGUAAAUAUGAUUCCAAGCAAUGCCUUAACGUACACUCCUCCCUCUCAGUUUUUUUUUGUAUCUUGGGGGUCCUCAUAUAUUCGUACAACGAAUUUUUGUUGAUCCUUAUGAGCAAGGUGUAUAUGGCUAGGCGGCCUAAGCUAGAGGAGAACCUAAUCGGAGAAAGGACACUGAAAGAUGGGAAGGAUAUCUUCGUCUUCAAUAAUUACGCCAUUUGGCUAGUCAAACUAUCACAUUUGUUCUUCUUCCUCUUCCUCCUCGAUGUCAAGAAUAUUUUUCACCUCUCUCCCAGCCUGGUGUUUCUGGCUUUCUUCUUCGGGUUUUUUAUCAUCUGUUUUUUGUUUUGCAUGAGUUGGUACAAUUGUUUCCGCUUUGUUAGGAGAAUAACAAACCAGGAGCUAAUCGAUGAAGAACUCAACCCCUCCGUGCUGAACGAAAUAAUCCCUCAGAUUUUCUUCUCCUUUUGCUCCUUUUUGUUGAUAAGCUUACUUUACUUGGGGCACCUGCUGGUCUACCUGAACGUUCAGAACGACGUCAUUUCGGUCCCCAUCGAAUCGCUAAUCAUUUUCUUUUUUUUUUUUUUCUGCUGCCUCUUGUAUGGGGCCUUCUUCGAGUAUGACAAUUCAGUGGGCGUCUUCCUCCUCGGGGCCAACGGAAUAGCUACUUUGGCCCUUUCCUUUUACCAGACCGGACUCUACCUGGCACACUUGGUUAGGAAGAACAAACAGAACAAGCUGUUUUAUCGAGAGGGAGAAGGGGACUACGUGCAGAUGCUCAUUUACACUUGCGCGUCAGCAUUUGCUUCACUCCUACUGAAGAACUUGAGUCUGAUUGACUCCCAUCUGCUCUCCCUCCUGUUGUUCCUUUCCUUCGUCCCCUUUCUCUACGCCGACCUGAGUCUCCAAAAUAUGGAAGUGGUUCACCAAUCGGUAAUCUGCUCUCGUGAGAUUGUGCAGAGGGGGACACCUCCUAACAUGAUUGCUCAUGCGAACUGA